CGUGACGGACGCUCUUUUCCAGUGGUCGCCGGCUUACACGUGGAGACGGCCUUCUCCGGUGUGUCGUAGUUUUCUUUGUUUUGAUCGCGUGUGAUAUCGGGUGCACGACCUCGACGUACAGUGAAAAUUCGGUGUAAUAGUGAAAACAAACGAAUUACAUGCGGUAAUUUCGUUUUUUGACCGCGUGUACGCAACUCGAGUGAGUUCAGUGAGCACAAUACGACGCGUUGAAACACGCGUUUGUGAGACUCGGACGGUGCGUUUUAUUCGAGUCUGUUCGCCACCAACUACCUCGAUUUGGAUUACCUGAAUCUGAAGCAUCGGAACGUGACGAGAACCGUGAGGGAGAGAGCAGCCAGAGCGAAGCUCGACAUUCAAAAAGGUUCGGCCAGUUCAACAAGGACGGAAAGCUCAGACCACGGAGCCACGGUUCCCUCGUCUAGCCAGGGAAACGACGGAUUUCACUGGCAAAAACCGCUGACGAUGAGCUAGCGACACGACGAUGAGGAGGAUGAAGCAGCGCGCGCUGCUCGCCUGGCCAUGGUUGUGGCUGUGGCUGUUCGCGGCCACAGCGGGUUCCCCGUCUUCCGACCCUUUCGCGUCGACCACGUUUUCAUCGUCAGCCAGUAGCAGCAGCAGCAUCAGUAGCUCGAACGCCAGAUCGUUCUCUCCGACGCUACCGACAUCCACGUCCGCGUCGUUCACCGAAGACUUUCCCUUCCCUCCAGGUCACAAGUUCCGCUUCACUCUGCCGUUGUACAAUGUGUCGAUUCCGGAGAAUUCGAUCGGCAAGACGUACGUGGUGCCCGAGGAAAGAAUGGGCAUCAAACUCGCGUCGCCCGACUCCAAUCUCGACAUUCGUUUCCGUAUAAUGAGCGGCGACCGCGACAAGUUCUUCAAGGCCGAAGAACGCACCGUCGGUGAUUUUUGUUUCCUGUUGAUUCGGACUCGAACCGGUAACGUUGACGUGUUGAACCGCGAACGAAAAGACCGUUACGUGCUCGAGGUGCGCGCCACCUUGAAUAAAGGCGACGGAAAAAACCGGGUGACUAUCAUGGAGGCGGAUACCACGGUCGUAGUGACCAUCUUGGACACGAAUGACCUAAACCCGCUGUUCUAUCCGACCGAGUACGAGGCAACCAUCACAGAGGACACGCCUCUGCAUCGCAGCAUACUCAGGGUAAUAGCCGAGGACGCCGAUCUCGGCAGGAACGGCGAGAUUUAUUAUAGCUUCGCCGAGGAGACCGAUCAGUUCGCCGUUCACCCGGUCAGUGGAGUAAUAACGCUCACCAGGCCGCUCAGAUACUCGGAGCGAGCACUUCACGAGUUGGUGGUAUUAGCAAAGGACCGUGGAGCCCUUUACCGCAGCGGAGGGACCAGAAGAGCCAGCACAGCCAAGGUGACCAUUAGAGUUCGUCAAGUCAAUUUACACUCACCCGAAAUCUACGUGCACCACCUGCCAGAUAUCGUAGAACAAUCGAACGCCGAUAUCUACGCGAUCGUUCGGGUGGUCGACAACGACGAAGGUAUUCACGGUCAGAUCGCGAGUCUGGACAUCGUGGGUGGUGACCCAGCCGGUCACUUUAGGGUACGGCCAGCCGGUGGACCACAUUCCGGUGAAUACAAUAUCGAGGUGCUACAUCUGCUGGAUCGGGAGACAGCGGUUCAGGGUUACAAUUUGACACUCCGUGCAACAGAUCGGGGCGUUCCACAACGUUACAGCUACAAAUUUGUGCCCGUCCAUCUGGCCGAUCUGAACGACAACGCACCAGUGUUCAGUCGAGAAAUCUACGAGGUGAAGGUGCCCGAGACUGCUCCCAUCAACACGCCGGUGAUCAGACUGAAGGUGACGGAUGCUGACGAGGGGAAGAACGCGUUGGUGUUCCUGGAGAUCGUGGGCGGUAACGAAGGUGGAGAAUUCUACGUGAACGCGGAGACGGGAAUGCUAUACACCGCGGUGAACUUGGACGCGGAGAAGAAGGCGUUUUAUACGUUGACGGUGUCCGCGGUGGAUCAAGGGAACGCUGGAACGAGGAAACAGUCGUCCGCCAAGGUUAAGAUCAAUGUGGUCGACACGAACGACAACGAUCCGACGUUCGAGCAGUCGGAGAUGGAGGUGUGGAUCGACGAGAACGAGCCAGCCGGCACAUCGGUCGUGAAGAUCACCGCGAAGGAUCGUGACUCCGGCGAGAACGCCUACAUCUCGUACAGCAUCGACAAUAUUCAGAAGGUGCCGUUCGAGAUCGACCAUUUCUCCGGCAUCGUGAAGACCAAGCAGGUGCUUGACUACGAGACCAUGAAGAGAGAGUACUUGUUGCAUGUGCGGGUCAGUGACUGGGGCUUGCCAUACCGGCGACAGGCAGAGAUGCAGCUGCACGUGAAAGUGCGCGACGUGAAUGAUAACAGACCGCAGUUCGAGCGAAUCGAUUGUACCGGCCACGUGCCUCGAUACGUACCCAUCGGCUCCGAAAUCAUCACCGUCUCGGCCAUCGACUUCGACGCCGGCAACAUCAUCAGUUAUCGCAUUGUCUCUGGCAACGAGGACGGCUGCUUCGCCCUGGACUCGGCCAGCGGCGUACUAUCCGUGGCUUGCGACUUGUCCGAUGUCAAGGUUACCGAGCGAAUGGUCAACGUCACGGCCACGGAUGGAUCACACUUCGCGGACGUGAAUCCCGUACACAUGCACCUGGUAAAUGCAAAACGGAACCUAGGCUCGCAGGGAAGAAUUCUAACGGACCAGAGCGGCGCCUUCGAGUGUCGUGACACGGGGGUCGCUCGAAGAUUAACGGAAGCCAUCGCUGCCGCAGAGAGAAACAACAUGCCUUCCAAAGACGACGAAUAUGCUUUGACGCCAAGCAGAUACGGCGAGAACAUUCACGCGCCCGAGUUCGUCGAUUUCCCUAGCGAAAUAAAAGCCAACGAAUCGGUAAAGAUAGGAACGACCCUCGUCAAGAUACGUGCCAGGGACAGAGACUUGGACUACAAUGGGAAAUUAGUAUUUUGCAUAUCCAGCGGUGAUCGCGACUCGGUAUUCGGUAUCGAUCCUGACACCGGCGAUUUGAACGUCAUAGGCUACCUGGAUAGGGAACGCGAGAGCGAGUAUUUUCUGAACAUCAGCGUGUACGAUCUGGGCAAGCCACAGAAGUCUGCGUCGAAGAUGCUCCCGGUCACAAUUCUCGACGUGAACGACAACGCUCCGAAAUUCGAGAAGUCCCUGGCAAGCUUCAGGAUUUCAGAGACUGCACUGAAUGGAACGAACGUGUGGCGGGCGAACGCGACUGACGCGGAUCUCGGGGAGAACGCGCGCGUCACUUAUUCCCUGGUGACCGAGACGAACGAUUUCCGUGUAGAUCCGGUGACGGGCGUGCUGACCGUUUUCGGCAGAUUGGACAGGGAACGACAAGAGAUCUACGAGCUAAGAAUACGAGCGCAGGAUAACGGUGGCAAAGGGACCGACUCACCGCCAUUGUACUCGGACGCUUUGGUCAGGGUGACGGUCGACGACGUGAACGACAAUGCACCCAGUUUCGCGUUGUCCACGUACACGGUGAAAAUUCGAGAAGACGUACCGAUAUGGACGGUCGUGGCGGUCGUGGACGCGACCGAUCCCGACGAGGCAUCCGGUGGCGACAUCGAGUACUUCCUGUCUGACGCCAUGGAGAGCGAGGGCUACUUCAAAGUCGAUAAAAUGUCCGGCACUAUUAGGACCACCCAAAGCUUAGACUUCGAGGAGCGCCAAGUGCAUACGUUGACGAUUGUGGCGAAGGACAGAGGUGAACCAUCCUUAUCCUCCGAGACAAUGGUUAUCAUAGAAAUGGUCGACGUAAACGAGAAUCUACACGCACCGGUGUUCGAUGAUUUCGUCGUGUCCGCGAGUGUAUUUGAAAAUCAACCAAUCGGGACUUUAGUGACCACUGUGCGCGCUAAGGACGCGGAUCCGCUAGGAGGAGACUCCAGGAUUGGAUACACCAUUAGGGGCGGCGACGGCAUUGGGAUCUUCUCCAUCGACAACGAAGGUAACAUCAAGACGAAGGUUAUGUUGGAUGUGGAGUCGAAGAGAGGAUACUGGCUGACGGUGUACGCGCAGGAUCACGGAGUGGUUCCUCUGAGUUCGAGUUUGCAGGUGUACGUGGAGGUGCUGGACAGGAACGACAACACCCCGUUGACUGAAGUUCCAGUCUAUUAUCCAUCGGUUCUGGAGAACUCUCCGGCAGGUGUGAGCGUUCUUCAAAUCCAGGCGUUCGAUCGCGACGUCUCGCCCCAACAAUUCACUUUUUCCAUCACCAGCGGCAAUCCGGAAGGUUAUUUUCUCAUCAACUCCACCACCGGUUUGAUCACGACCAGCGGCCGGAAACUCGAUCGAGAAAACCAAGCGGAACAUGUUCUCGAGGUGACAGUCAGGGACGAUGGAAGGCCAUCUUUGUCCUCGACGACCCGCGUCGUGAUCGCGGUGGCAGACAUAAACGACCACGGUCCAGAAUUCGAGCAAAAGUUCUACACCGUUCAGAUCCCAGCAUCACCAUCUACCGACAAACCACUGUUCCAGAAAUCGAGGAACCGCUCGCGGGAGUUCGACCUUUCGAUCGAUACGUUACUAGAGAAUGGAACUUGGGAGACAUUUAGCCCCGACAGCUUGUCAGGAGAUCCUAUCUUCAGGGUACUCGCGAACGAUAAAGACAUUGGUGAUAACGGGAAAAUCCAGUACAGUAUCAAAGGUGGUCGCGGUAAAGGCAAGUUCAAAAUACAUCCAACUACGGGAAUGGUGUAUUCGCAACGUGGAUUUGAAGCUGGACAGGAAUACGAGAUGAUGAUAAGGGCCGCCGAUAGCGGAGAACCGCAGCGCAGUCAUCAAACACGGGUAUCCGUGCAAGUUGUCGAGGUUCCGAAGGAAUCCGAGAAUCCGCCAGUCUUCAAGACGAACAAUCAGACCGUCGAGGUUACAGAAAGCGACGAGGUGGGCUUCCUCGUGGCACUGGUUCAGGCCGCGGACAAAGAUGGCGAUUCCCUGUGGUAUGAUAUUGUUGACGGUGACAAACGAGAUGAAUUCUUCAUCGGUCGGGACAACGGAAACGUGCUGCUAGCGAAGAAGCUCGAUUGGGAAACACAGAACUUCUACAACCUGACAAUUCGUGUUACGGAUAGCGUGCACACUGCUGAGACUCAACUGCUGGUCACGGUGAUCGACAUCAAUGAUCACCGACCGGAAUUUACCGAGAACAUUUAUCACGUAGACAUUUCAGAAAACGUUGAAAAAGGCGAGAAGAUUCUACAGCUGCAUGCAACCGACGAAGAUGAAGACAAGAAAGUAUUCUACAGCCUUCACGCUGCCCAGAAUCAAGCUUCCUUGGAAAUCUUCCACGUAGAUUCCGUGACGGGAGCCGUUACAUUGAACGAAGUCCUGGAUCGGGAGACCAUCGAAGAACACGUACUUACCGUGAUGGUAAAAGACCAAGGAACGCCCGCAAAACGAAACUACGCCAGGGUUAUAAUAACGGUACACGAUCACAACGAUCAUGCUCCAGAAUUCAUCAGCGAGAUCAUCCAAGGAAAAGUCUACGAAACUUCUCCGAUUGGCGCUGCCGUGGUACAAGUUUAUGCUAUAGACAGGGACAGAGGAGAUAACGCAAAAAUAACCUACUCGAUUACCUCUGGCAACGUAGGUAACAUGUUCGCGAUAGAUCCAGACCUAGGUGUUAUUCGCGUGGCUCGAGAGCUAGAUUUAAGUGUCUCCUCUGAAUAUAUAUUAUUGGUGAAGGCUACGGAUCACGGUUCUCCAGCUUUGUCCAACACGGUACCUGUACACGUGAUGGUCACCAUGGCUGACAACGCUCCGCCUAGGUUCAUCCAGAAAGAAUUAUCCGCUGAGAUCUAUGAGAACCAACAACUGGGUACAUACGUGAAACACGUGGAAGCUAGAAGCACGUCCUCGUUGCAGUUCGAGAUUGUUCAAGGCAAUAAAGACGACACGUUCUUCAUGAACCCCAGUACAGGCAUCAUCGUGAUUAAGAACGAGCUAGAUUAUGAAAAGACCAAGUUUUAUAACCUGACGGUGGCGGCGACUAACAUGGCCAGCGCAAAGGCACACUGUAACGUAAUUGUCCAUGUUCUGGAUCGAAACGAUAACGCGCCCAGGUUCCUGCAAGCUACGUACAACGGAGAAAUAAGCGAAGGCGCUAGCAUUGGUUCCUUAGUACUCACUAAUUCUAGCACCCCACUGGUCAUAAAAGCAGAGGAUGCUGACUCUGAAUUGAACGCCCUUUUGAACUACGACAUAGUCGAAGAUUUACCUCGAAAGUACUUCCACAUAGAUUCGAGCACAGGUGCCAUUAGAACCGUAAUGGUUUUAGAUCACGAAAGCAUUCCAAAGUUCACCUUCCACGUGAAGGUUUCCGAUCUAGGGAAACCGAAAUUGUCUUCCGAGACCACGGCCAAGGUCAUGAUCGUAGUGACGGAUGUAAACGAUUGUCCACCCAAGUUCCUCGAAAACGACUAUAACACCACUGUACUGUUACCCACGUAUAAGAACGUCGCUGUGAUCCAAGUGAGGGCCGUAGAUCCGGACAGUUCCGAGGGUGUCCCACUCAGGUACGACAUCAUCGAUGGAAACAAAGCGCAUACGUUCGAUAUAGACCCCCAGACCGGUGUGAUCACGAUUUAUAAUCCAGAACGUAUGAAGAAAAGCUAUUUGCUAAGGGUCCGUGUCUCCGAUGGGAAGUAUUCGAACGUUUGCCAGGUGAACGUGAUGGUGGAGAACUCGGAGAACUCCGGGCUGAUGUUCCAGAAGGACGUCUACGAGGGUACGAUCCCGGAGAAUUCGACGAGGAUCACGACCGUCGCGGUUGUGAACGUUUUGGGCAGCGCGCUCAACGAGCACAUCGUCUUCAGCAUUCUGAAUCCCACCGACAUGUUCGUAAUUGGACCGACAUCCGGCGCGAUCCGGACCACCGGAAUUAGAUUCGACCGGGAGGUUUGCGAACAUUACGAACUGAUAGUAGAAGCGAAGAGUCAGAUGCCGGGCAAAGAGAAGCCAAGGGUGGCGCACGUGAUUGUGAAUAUCACUAUAUUAGACAUUAACGACAACUGUCCUAUGUUUGUUAACUUGCCCUAUUACGCCGUUGUGUCCGUAGACGCGCAAAAGGGCGACGUUAUUACCAAGGUACAUGCAGUAGAUAUGGACAGCGGUGACAACGGAGAAGUCAGGUAUGAACUGAAGAAAGGCCACGGAGAGCUAUUCAAGGUAUGUCGGAAAACGGGCGAGAUAUCCCUGAAACAGAAUCUGGAGGGUCACAAUCGCGAAUAUCAGCUCACCAUUGCCGCAUAUGACGGAGGCAUAACACCGUGCUCUAUCGAGGUGCCAGUGAACGUGAAGGUGAUAGAUCGGUCGAUGCCAGUGUUUGACAAGCAAUUCUAUACGGACAGCGUGCUGGAAAGUAUCGAGAUACAUUCGCCCCUAUCUUUGUCUAUACAAGCUGAGUCACCGUUGAAUCGCAAGCUCAUAUAUAGUAUAACUAAAGGCAACGAUUUCGAGGAAUUCGCUCUGGAUUUCAACACAGCCCCCGACAGUAACAAUGGUCCUUGUGUAAUCUACGUGGUGGACGAGCUGGAUUACGAGCAAAAGAAACAGUACGAGCUGACCGUCCGCGCGACGGACAGCGUAUCAGGCGUCUACGCGGAGGUACUCGUUAGCAUCCUGGUGCUCGACGUGAACGAUUGCCCGCCCGAAUUCACUCAAGACUCGUACAACAUCUCGGUCUCCGAGGCUGCGCCGUUCGGCACUUCCGUGUUGAGAGUCAGCUCCAGAGAUAACGACACCGACAUCAACCAACAGGUUCGCUAUGCAAUUCAAAACGACACGGAAAACAGCACUGACCUGUUCCACAUCGACCCGGAGGAGGGUGUGAUCUUCCUGAAGAGAUCUCUAGAUCACGAGACCCACGAAUCGCACCACUUUACGGUGAUCGCGAUCGAUCGCGGUGUACCCAGUCUCUCGAGCACAGCCCACGUCUGGGUGACGGUGAUCGACAUGAAUGACAAUCCACCCAAGUUCGAACAACCCUCGUACACUUGCUCGUUGUCGGAACACGCGGAAAGGGGUCAGUUCGUGACGGUGGUAUCUGCCAGUGACCCGGACUACGUAGACGACAAACUCACGUAUACGAUAGUCGGUGGUAACGAGCAACAAACGUAUAACAUCGACCAAUCCACCGGCAUCAUUUCGCUGAUCAAUAUGCAAAACUUUGGCGAGAAGAAACUCAGCAUGCUGAACGUCUCUGUCACGGACAAUGUGUACACCAGCUUCGCAAGAGUCAAGAUCGAGAUAUUGCCUGCUAAUAGACACAAUCCUACGUUCCAAAACCCUAUAGUAGAAGUGACAGUUUUCGAGAAUCAGUUGCCUGGCAGAUUGGUGACGAGUGUGAUAGCCACCGACGAGGAUUUCGGGGAAUAUGGCACGGUGAUCUACACGAUAGCUUCAGAUCUGAUGAAGGAGAUAUUUGACAUAAAUAGACAAACUGGCGAGAUCGUGACUAGAAAGAAGUUGAAUCGAGAAGAGCAGAAAUUGUAUGAAAUACCCGUGAUGGCUACUGAUGGAGGUGGCAGAUCAGGUUUCGUGAUUGUUAGGGUGAAAGUUGGAGAUGAAAAUGACAAUUCGCCCGUGUUUCUGCUGAGAGAAUACAAAGCCAGCAUUCAUGGAAAUUUGACUACUAAUACGCCGUUCCUGAAGGUGAAAGCUCAGGAUGCUGACGAGGAUGACGCUGCGAGGAUUGUUUAUUCGAUAUACGAACUGCAGACUUCGGAAGCGAAAGCGUUAUUUGGGAUUAACCCUGAUACUGGAGCGUUGUUCCUUCAAAAGAGUGCUAUGCCAUGGGAAAAUCAACUAUUUGAGCUCUUCAUUCGGGCGGAAGACAAGGGCGGGGCGACAACACAUCACGCUGACGUUCCCCUCAGCAUUUACAUAAUGGGACCGCAAGAUAUUCCACCUCUGUUUGAACGAAAAGAAGACAAAUUCUUCAUAUCAGAAGCGUCUCCUAUCGGAACACCUAUAACAAGGCUAAAAACCGUGACCAACACUACAGUCACAUACAGAAUAGUUUCUGGAGAUGAAGAUUCUCCACUUUUUAUGAUCGAUGCUAACGGACAAAUUACUUUAGUUAAACCUUUGGAUCGAGAGCUGAAGGAUAAUCAUUUGAUCGGAGUCCUCGCUGAAACGGACUCGAGUCCUCCAUUGACAGCUCUAGCUGAAAUUUCGCUCCAGGUGUUGGAUGAAAAUGAUCAUGCUCCUAAAUUCGAAAGUAAUCCUUAUGGUAUCAGUCUGGCGGAGAAUAUAGAGGAAGGAACAUCAAUUUUGAAAAUUAUCGCGCACGAUGAAGAUCUGGGUAGCAAUGGAGAGGUUCGAUAUUCCUUUGGCUCGGAUAUUGGCGAACUGGCAAAUGUCUUCACUGUAGAUACGUACACCGGGUGGAUAUCGACACUGGUUCUACUUGAUAAGGAAAAACAACCGGAAUAUAAGUUUCAAGUGGUCGCUACCGACAAUGGAAAUCCAAAGCACUUCGCAAGGACUUCUGUGCACGUAAAGCUGAAGGAUUACAACGACAAUCCUCCCGCGUUCGUAGACGAUCGUUACGAAGCAGCGGUGAACGAAGACGCUCUACCAGGAACGGUCGUGGUCAAGUUAAUCACCAUGGACAAAGAUUCGGACGUAAAUACACCCAUAGAAUUCUACAUAACGUCCGGCGAUUCGAGAUCUCAGUUCCAGAUUAGAUCAACUGGCGAAGUAUACGUGGCAAAGGCUCUGGACCGGGAAACGAUCGAUCGUUAUGAGCUCGAAAUAGUCGGCACCGACGGCAAAUACGUCUUCAAGACGCGUGUAACGGUGCAAAUACUCGACGUGAACGAUAAUCCACCAUAUUGCCUCAGGUAUCGUUAUCGAGAGAUCCUGUCUGAGGGAUCGCAUCCUGGCACGUACGUGCUCACUGUUCUGGCCACUGAUUACGACGACGAACCGAAUGCCAAGUUGCGCUUCUAUUUAACCGGCGACAAUAACGACAAAUUCUCAUUGGACAAAGAGACAGGCGUAUUAAAGACGGUCGGUCAACUGGACCGGGAAACUCAAGCGAAAUAUUCGCUCACAGCGCAUGUACAGGAUAGAGACAAACCAUCUUGGGAAUGCUCCUCUCAGCUAGAAAUUUUGGUCUCAGAUUUGAACGAUAACGCACCGAAAUUUACUAUGCAGACGUAUAGCGCUACACUGCCCGAAGACGUCGAGGUCGGUACCUUAGUAACCAAAGUACAUGCCACGGACAAUGACAUCGGCAUUAAUCGUAAGAUCAGAUAUGAAUUCAUCGAUUCUGCCGAUGGUCACUUCCUCGUCGCAGCGGACAGCGGCAUCGUUACGCUUGGGAAGCCGUUGGACAGAGAAACGAAGGCCAUGUACAACGUAACUAUACAGGCAGUUGAUCAGGGCACCCCUCAAUUGAUGAGUGUGACUUCGUUAAUUGUCAACGUGCAGGAUAUUAAUGACAAUCCACCGGAAUUCGCGUCGAAGGUCUAUUUCUCAAAAGUUCCUGAGAUCUAUGCAGUUGGAACGGAAGUAGCUCGAGUUCUUGCAACGUCUAAGGAUACUGGAGUCAAUGCUGAUGUUUACUAUUCGAUCGUUGGCGGAAAUGAACAUAAGAAGUUCCAGAUAGAUGCCCGUAGUGGCGUGAUUACUAUUGCGGAGCAAUUAGAUUUCGAACGUGCCAGAGAUUAUUUCUUGACGAUUCAAGCUAUAGAUGGAGGCAUUCCUCCUUUGAGUAAUCACGCUACGGUGAAUAUUACCGUGAUCGAUAGCAAUGACAACGCGCCGAUAUUCAGCGAAGUUUCAUACAGAGCUUCUAUACGGGAAGACGCAAAGAUUGGAGAAAAAGUUACGCAGGUAUUCGCAAACGACUUGGAUAGCGAGGAGAACGGGAACGUGUCUUAUUACAUCGAACGAGGUGACAGGCAGAAGCAAUUCUCGAUCGAUGAGAAAACAGGACAAAUUACUGUCGCCGCACCAUUGGAUCGCGAAGAAAUCGGUAAUUACGUGUUGGAGGUUCACGCCCGUGACAGCGGCAUACCUAGGCUAUCCAGCUUCGUGAUGGUAAACAUCGAGAUUCUAGAUGCAAAUGACAACCCGCCGCUGUUCUCCCUCUCAAAUUAUACCGCGGUAGUGCAAGAAGACAAGCCCCUUGGCCACACCGUAUUACAAUUCGUGGUCACAGAUGCAGAUAUUGAACCGAACGCCGCUCCAUACACCUUCGACUUCCGUUCCGGGAACGAGGGUGACGCGUUCAGAUUAGAGCAGGACGGUACACUGCGAACUGCUACCAAAUUCAACAACAGGGUCAAAGAUAAAUACGAAUUGCACAUACGCGUCUUUGACAACGGAAGCCCACCUCUCUAUUCCGACGCAUGGGUCGUGAUCAAAGUGAUCGAGGAAUCCCAGUAUCCUCCAGUAAUUACGCCUCUAGAGGUAGUUAUUAAUUCCUACAUGGACGAGUAUCCUGGUGGGAUCAUCGGAAGGGUUCACGCAACAGAUCAAGAUCAAUAUGACACGCUUUCGUACAGUUUGGUUCCAUCGUCUCCUAUCCCAAACGACCUCUUCAAAAUUGACAAAAUUGAUGGCACUUUGGUUGCCCUUCCGCGUCUCGAUGUUGGCGAAUACAGGAUAAACGUCAGCGUAACGGAUGGAAAAUAUCAUUCGCAUUCUAUCGUUAAAGUAAAUGUUGAUUUGGUAACGGAAAAGAUGUUGGAGAAUUCUGUAAUUGUAAGAUUCAGAGAAGUCAGUCCGGAAGAUUUUAUACUAAGUCAUCGUAAGGGAUUCAUUAGAACCGUGCGCAACGCGAUGAACUGUAGAUUAAAGGAUAUCGUUAUUAUCAGCGUCCAACCUUCUACAGACGAAGUGAAUCUAAUUAAAUCUCGCACUAUUCGCCAAACCAUUCACAACGAUCUGGACCUCCUAUUCGCGGUGAAGAAGAGCUCUACACCUUUGGGAUCACCGACCUUUUAUGGGUCUGAAAAUAUACGGGAGGCGUUAAAUCAGCGUAUCGAAGAACUCGAAGAAUCGACGAAAUUAGUCGUGGAAGAAAUUGUUAGAUUUAAAUGUAACAAAGAAUACUGCGUUUAUGGGGAUUGCCAAGACAAAAUUGUUCUCGACAUCACACAAAUAACACCUGUAGCUACUGACGUAAUGAGUUUCGUGUCCCCGCGACACAGACACAAGAUGGAGUGCAGUUGCAAAGAAGGAUAUGCCGGGAAUCAUUGCGAGGUAGUCGUCAACGAAUGCGCCAGAGAUCCUUGUCCACUGUUUAAAGUCUGCAUUCCCGAUUCUUCGGUCCAAGGAUACUCAUGCCAAUGCCCUGAAGGUUUCGCCGGGCAAACCUGCGAUAUUGACAUCUCCAAGUGCCAUGACGAGUCUUGCUACAUUCCACGAAACCCCAUAUCGUUUAGUGGCAAGAGCUAUGCUCGUUAUAGGAUCGAUAAAGCCCUCAUCAAACAGACUAUCGAGGACCGUCUCAGUUUAUCUUUGAGGAUCAGAACAGUGCAAUUGACCGGAAACUUGAUGUAUGCAGCUGGCAAGAUCGAUUAUAAUAUACUAGAAGUCGUGAAUGGAGUUGUUCAAUACAAGUUCGAUCUGGGUAGCGGAGAAGGCUUGGUUCGCGUGAGCAGUGUAUACGUGAGCGAUGGACAAUGGCACGAAAUCCAAUUAGAACGAGAAAGCAACAGCGCCAAAUUGACCGUUGAUGGAAAGCACGUAGCUCAUGGAUCUGCACCUGGUAUCAACGAUAUCCUGAAUCUUCAAUCUGAUGAUCUUUACUUGGGUGCUGAAGUUAGACAACAUCCAUCAGUUUUGGGCUUCGAGGAUGUUCAACGUGGUUUCAUAGGAUGUAUGGAUGAUGUCAGAAUCGCCAGAGUAUCGGUACCGUUACAUAUGAGUGGCGCUAGCAGUGUCGCUGUCUUAAAACGCUUUGCAAAUGUGGAAUUCAGCUGCGACGCUGCAACGGUUUUGGUGCCCCCAGGGAUCUGUGGUUCGCAGCCCUGUCAGAAUGGCGGAACAUGUAAAGAUUCUGGUGGCGACAACUAUGAGUGCCAAUGUCACAGCAGAUUUGCAGGGCUCGCUUGUGAAAUUGAUACCGAUCCUUGCGCCUCUUCACCCUGUCUCUACGGUGGUCGUUGCAAAGUCGUACCAGAGGGAGGUGACUUCACUUGCGAAUGUGUUGGACCAAGUCUGAGUGGGAAACGCUGCGAAUUCGGAAGAUAUUGCAGUCCAAACCCGUGCAUUCACGGUGGAGUUUGCGAGGAAGGCAAUAAUGGGCCAAUAUGCAAAUGCCAAGGAUUCAUGGGAGAACGUUGCGAAACAGACGUUAAUGAAUGCGACGCCAAUCCCUGCACAAAUGGAGGAACCUGCGUGAACGAAAUAGGGACCUAUAGAUGUAUCUGUCCUCCUAAUAUGACCGGAUUAAACUGUGGAAAUCCGGCGUAUUCUACACCAAUUAUAUCGAGCCACUUUAAAAUCACAUGGGAGCAUUUAAUGUGGAUUGGCGCUGCAGUAAUAGUGAACAUAUUCCUGAUCAUCAUAUACGUCGCCUACCGACGGAUCAGGAUGAAACGCACAAGAGCACGGACGAAUAACAUCAACAAUGAGACCAGGAAGCAAAUUGUUUUAAAUUCAGCGCGACCUCAUGAGCACGAGUUCAAACGGAGCUCAAAAUUGAGCAACCUGGAAGUGAUACAGAGAGAACCUCCCCAAUGCCCUCCUAGACCCGCUUCCUAUACUCCCAGCUCGAACAACGAGCCAGCCGCGUACGGUAACUCGGCAGCGGUGGCACUAAAUAAUUUAGACACGCUGCGAAGUUAUGGCAGCGCCGGUGACGAGCUGGAGAAUUUCCCGCCAGAUUAUUUGAGAAACCUAAAUCGCAGCACACCUGUGCCCCCUCCGUCCUUAACCCUCGCUAACCCAGUCGGCGGAAACGCUACAGGCAGCGACACGGAUAGCCUUCAUAAGCCGAGCUGGCAAGAGCAGAUGCAACUAGCUUCCUUCAUCACGGACACGACAAAGAUAAAAAAUGACCUGAAACGAGCGAGCCCAGUGGUACCGGAGCUGACCACUGGAGGACUUCUACUAAAUCCUUCUCGACGCGUGCCUCAUGGAGGUGGGACCUCCGUUGCCUCCAUGACGUCCAUCGAGGAUGAUCCUCGUAUAGUCGGUGGGUAUCACUGGGAUUGUUCAGACUGGGUCAGGCCAAGCCAAAACCCCUUGCCUAAUAUCACGGAGGUGCCUGGAAGCGAAGUACCAGACUCGUCCAGCUUCCACAGCAAUGAGAGUAACGAAUCAAACACUCAUCAGUUACCGUCAGUGCACGGCUCUGUAGAUCCAGCGAGGGACAUCGAGACGUUGAACGAAGAUCAAGAAUCAGAGUACGUCGGGGACUCGGAAUGCGGGACUGAAUUUUCUGAGCAGUAUCAGUGCGCAGAAACGCAACGUUUAAAUCCCUUGGAUAGCGGCGGCGAGGGAGAAUACAAAUAUAAAGGUUCCGAAAGUUAUCUCCGUCAUCCAAACUCUUAUCUACCGCAUUACAACAUCCACACGGACACGGAGAACGAAACAAAUCCUUUGAAUGGACGUCUUAGUACUUUAGAAUCCGACGAGGAGGAAGACGAUGUAGUGCCUUAUGGUUUCCCAAGCACCCGACGCAACCGAUGCCACAAGGGAGACGAGGUCGACGAAAUCGGUUCGGUAAUCACCACGCUCGAAGAGAGAAAUUCAUUAUUGGGCGGUGCAACCAGCAACAGCGACUUAUCAACCAACUUAUGCGAAAUUGACGAUUCCGAAUACGAGAUCGCCGAUCAAAAGAGUAAUGGCCGCUUGUGGUUGUCGGGGAAUGGUAUCACGCAGACCUCGGUGUGACAAACAGUGGUGCCACGACUUGAGAACAGACUGAACGUGAUCGUGUUUUUCUGUGCUUCUUGAACAAAGACAGUGCGAAUGUUAUGUGAAUAUACGACGAAAAAAUAUUGUACAUACGUAUUAUCGAAUCAGAGGUAGAGAGAAAGAUAGAAGGUCUGUACAGAGGCAGCUAUGAAUAUAAGGAAAUUGAUGAAUACGAGCUAAUUAAAGAACGGUAUGGAAAUAAUCACAUACUGAGCCAACGGUGUGCGCCGUUCGCACAUCGUACCUCAAAUCUCCUAUGUAGGUAGAGCUUAGGUACUUUAACGUACUUAAUUCAGCGAUCCUCGAAACAAUUCUAUUGAGCCGCAAGUAUGAAAAUGAACGUACAUGUAUCUGGGAACAAUUCUUGUUUUCAUACGACACUUACGUUAUAUAUUUCAUGGUAAUUAAAAUAGGGCCAUUUAACGAAUUGGUAAGGAAGUUGGUUACAAAACAUUGCAUAUUCUAUCGAAGACGCAUUCAUUUUAUAGACAAGUUACAUUCUGACGAUUUUGCGAUAUAUGGACCAUUAGGAGUUUCGUUUAACGGUAAAACAUCUUUUCAAUUCUACCAGAGGGGAUGAGGUUUAGUAAAAAAAAAUAUAUAAUAUACAUAUGUAUAUGUAUACAAUAUGAAAAAUAUAUGUAUACAUAUAUAUCGUGACAACUAUACGCAACUAUUACGAGUAAGAAAUUAUCUUGAUUAAGGAUAAAAUUUGUUACUUGAGAGAAGUAAAUUUAAUCACGACCGCGUUGUCAGACCAAUGACUAUUAUUUAAUGACCUAUCGUUUAAAUUUAAAACUUAUCCACAACUAUAAUUCCACUGCAAAAAAAAUACAUAGGUACAUUUAUGUAUUUUUACUAUUUGCUAACCGACUUUAUUUUGGUUACAUACGAAAUAAACAGAAGGACUACUUAAUAAUAUAGAUAUAAGUACAGCAUAGUCUAGUGAGUAAAUGAAUUGACUCUAGUGAAAAAAACAGUGCUCUGCUUCUAGGGCGAAUAUAUGUGCAUGUCUGCUGGCGUUUACUGCAGCAAAGCACAAUAGUUAAAGAGAUAUGAAAUAUUUUUACUGUGAUGAUAAUAAUGUUUAUACAAUGAUCAAAUACUAUGACUUGUAUGAUAAUGAUUGUAAUAUUAACUAUCCAACGUUUUUUAAAAGAAAAGAAAUUAAAAAAUCGCGGAAGAUAGUAUUCCAUUUCCGCGCGUACGUAUUGCUAAGUCAAUGUUCUAUUCGUUUAACUGCAUCUAUUUUAUUUUCCCUCUCUUCUUUUCUCAUUUCUUAUUUCGAACUUCUCCUUCCAUUAGUCACCAUCAGUUCAACAGACAUAACUGCAUAUAUGGUGCUACUACUUACAUCACGCUUUAACAUUUUUAUCUACUCGAUAAGACUGCUCAGCAAUGUGAAUCGUACGCAAUUCAUCGACACUCUUAUCAUGAAUUACAUAGUUCUCACGCUGUUAUUUUUCAUCAUGAAAAUCUGUCCAAGUAACGAUAAUGAAACAUUUUUUGAACUGCCAACUUAAUAAUAAAUGCCGUACGAACAAAGGUAUUUCCCUUGAUUAAUUUGUGUAGUUAAGCGUGACACACAAAGGGUCAAGAAACUGUUAUUUCUGUGCCUAAUAUCUUUUAAAUACCGUGUACUUCCAUGCAAGAUACGUUUUCUUUCCGUUGGACAAAUAUUUUAGCGGCAGCUUAAUUGGGAGAGGUGUACACGUUCUUUUUAUACAUGUAGAAUUCUACUGGCAAAUUUAUUGUUUAUGUUCCUGUUCUGUAAAGAAUGCUAGCCAUCUUAUUCUACAUUUAGUGGGAUAAAUCAGUAAACCACGUUAAUAAUAAUGUGAAACAGGGUGACAUAUUCUUUUUUUGUUUUGACCAAGAGGAAGAGAAAAUUGUCUUCUUCUUAUAUAUGUUUGAAACAGCUGUGCCUCUCCUUUCUGAAAUUUCAAUGCAAUUACUUACACGGAUACAAUUGAACAUAGACAAUUUAUUCUAUAUUAGAAUGAAAUAUAUAAGAAUACUGUACAGUUUUAACUUAACAAAUUGUAUCAGAAUCAACAUCAACACGCAAUGAAAAUUUCAGUUUGCGUCGAAGCACAGCGAGGUUCGUAACUGUUAAGAUUAGUUUUAUAUUUUACGGAUUAACAAUGAAAACAUAUUGGUUAAAGACUGUAAACUGAUGCGGAUGAAACGAGAUCAUCCAUUUAUAAAUAUUGUACCAAUCAGUUUGUAAUCACGUGGACGUUACAAAACAUUUGGUUGUAAAGAUAAAAAUGAGGGAGCGCAAUAUUUUAUAGAAGUUCUGACCGAUUAGCGAUAUUAAGGUUUGGACGAAACGUUUUCGUAAAGUAGGAUUUAAUAAUUUCGCACUAUUAAUGGUUUAAGCAAUCGGAAUUGAUCGAAACGAAUAUAUUUCAUUUGUGUGCGUUUACUUUUUUUAUUUUUCAAACUACUUAUUAUGGAUCUUUAUACUUGACUAUAAUUUAUAAAAUAAUAAAUAGUUCCACUUAUUUCUUAUUUUAUUGUAACUUGCCAUAAUUAUACGACAAUGAAGAAUGUAGGAAAUUAAACACGAAAAAGAUGUGGGUACAACUUCCAAAUUCACCGCAACUUAGCCCUGCUAAUAGGAUACAUAUCGAUAUCAUGAAAUCCUUCAAACAAUGAGGAACUUGACUUGUUAUAAUUAGAAGGCUAUAAUUAAUUUGUACAAGAUCAACCUAUUGUAAUAAAUAAUACAAUCUUGCCUA